AUGCAUUUGGAAAUUGGUUACAGUGUCCUGCGCGGGCCCGGCGCGGCUACAAGGCUGCUUCGGCCUGCACACGGCUCCCCGCUCCGCCCGUGCCCCUUCCACCUUGCCGCAGUUCAAAAUGAAGCUGUUGUCAUUUCUGGGAGGAAACUGGCCCAGCAGAUCAAGCAAGAAGUGCGACCGGAUGUAGAAGAGUGGGCCUCGGGCAUCAAACGGCCACACCUGAGCGUGGUUCUGGUUGGAGAGAACCCUGCGAGUCACUCCUACGUCCUCAACAAAACCAGGGCUGCAGCUGAUGUGGAAAUCAACAGUGAGACAAUUGUGAAACCAGCUUCAAUUUCAGAAGAAGAGCUGCUAAAUUUAAUUAAUAAGCUAAACAAUGAUGAAAAUGUAGAUGGCCUCCUUGUUCAGCUUCCACUCCCAGAGCAUAGUGAUGAGAGAAGGAUUUGCAGUGCCCUUUCCCCAGACAAGGAUGUUGAUGGCUUUCAUGUAAUUAAUGUUGGCCGGAUGUGUUUGGACCAAGAUUCCAUGUUGCCAGCCACCCCAUGGGGGGUGUGGGAAAUAAUUAGGAGAACUGGCAUUCCCACUCUAGGGAAAAAUGUGGUUGUAGCUGGAAGAUCAAAAAAUGUUGGAAUGCCCAUUGCAAUGUUGCUGCACACAGAUGGGGCACACGAACGUCCUGGAGGUGAUGCUAUGCUUACAAUAUCUCAUCGAUAUACUCCCAAAGAACAGUUGAAAAAACACACAAUCAUUGCGGAUAUUGUAGUAUCUGCUGCUGGCAUUCCAAAUAUGAUCACAGCAGAUAUGAUCAACGAAGGAGUGGCAGUCAUUGAUGUGGGAAUAAACAGAAUUCAAAAUCCUGUAACUGCCAAGCCCAAAUUGGUUGGAGAUGUGGAUUUUGAAGGAGUCAGGAAGAAAGCCAGUUACAUCACUCCAGUCCCUGGGGGUGUUGGGCCCAUGACAGUGGCCAUGCUAAUGAAGAAUACCAUUAUUGCUGCAAAGAAAGUGCAAAGGCCUGAGGAGCUAGAACUGUGCAAGUCAAAGGAGUGUGGAGUAGCCACUAAUUAACUGCUGCUCCAAUGCUGUGAACAUCACUCCACGCCAGUCCAAGAAGCAAAGCAGGCCUAUAGAAAUGCAAUAUU